AGAUUUUACACUUUGGAAAUAAUUUACCAAGUAUGUCCGGAAAUAUAGACGAGGAACGUAUAGAUAGUUUGAAAUGUAUAGUGUGCAAAAACGUUUUGCAGCGGCCAAAAAUUCUUCCUUGUUUGCACUCAGUGUGUUCGAAAUGCUUGCAAGCUGUUCUCGAUAGCAACAAAAGCAAGGACAGAUUCCCCUGUCCGAAAUGCGAGGAAUAUAUCACCAUUCCAAUUGGAGGAGUAGAUGGAUUUCAAGACAAUGUUUACUUAAAUGGGGUAAUAGGUGUCCACAACUCGCACGAUAGCAAGGGGAAGGUUUGCGAUAUUUGCUCUUUGCGAAAAAAGAAAAAUGCUGCAACCUCAAAAUGUUUAAAUUGUGGUGAUCUUCUCUGCCCCAGUUGCAGUAAUUCCCAUUCAGCUACCCGGCAGACUAUCAACCAUACGGUAGUAGAUCUCGAAAGUGUCAUCAAAGGUGUGCAUGAUAAUGCUAUUCGACAACUGAACAGAAUAAUGUGCGCCUCACAUCCAGACGAGAUACUGGUCAUUUUCUGCUAUGAUUGUAAUUUCCUAGUUUGUCACGAGUGCCAGCUGUCGUAUCAUUACAGCCACCACACGGUCGCUGUAGACGAAGCAGACGUGGAUCAGCGUCAGGAAAUUGCAACGUCCAUACAGUUCUUGGACACCAAAUUGAAAAAUCUGAACGAUAUCGAAGAUGGCGUACACGGGACCGAAGCGACAAUAAAUGAAAAGGAAGAAAGAAUACUUGUAGAUCUGGACAACUCAGCAAAGCAGCUUAUUGCUCAAAUUGAAACUGAGAAGGCUGAGCUCACUCAAAAAGUUAAAGCUCACAUGGAAAGACAACGACAGAUUUGCAGAGAUCAAUUAGACCUAGUCAAAGCAAGAAAGGAUAAGAUUCAAGAAAGCUGCGAAUUUUGUAACGAAGUCGCUCAAGCUGGAAAGAAUGACGAAGUAAUAUAUCUAGAGCCCAUGAUUCUUCAAAGGCUUCACAUCCUAGAAAAUCUUCCCCGAAUUCGUGACGAAGUAACAUGCCAGUUCCCGGAGGUGCGCCUUCGGAACAUAUUUGGAAACAUUGAAACAAUUCGAUUCUUUGAUUUCCUACCGGGGUCGUCAAAUGUUGUGCCUCUCCUGCCACAAGAAAACUCAGAUGUCAGUGGAGCACCACAAGUCUCCCAGUUGCUGAUGGUGAAGAAAAUCAACACAUUCACAAACGAAGACGAAACUUGUCCUAAGAUCAGCAGUCUUGCCUGCACUGAUAGUUUCUUUCUCGUCGGAGACAAUGCCAACAGAAAAAUAAAGAAAUUCAAUUCAACUGGGAAAUAUCUUGAAGCACUUGCAAGAGUGAAGUCAUACAGUGUGUCAAUAUGUGAUGACACCAUCAUAUGUAGCGAUAAUUUCUCAGUUUCCGUGUACUCGUCCGACUACAAUCGCAAAAUUGCUAUGGACGGCACCAGCAGUACUUAUCCCACUUGCGUGUAUGAAUGCACAAAUUUUGCAGUCGCCGACAGCAGCGCACAUGAGGUCUACAUCUUCGACAAGACCGGUGACGUCACAAGUAGCAUUUCGAUACCAAGGGCAACUAGGAGAACUCGCAGGCGCAGCUUAGCCUUCAUCUGUUGCAACAGCAAGGGCGAGAUUAUCGCAUCAGAUUGGGGAACAAACUCCGUUUUCUUGAUUGGAAAGAAUGGGAAAACUCUCCGUGAAUAUCACACCAAAAGUGAAUCCACCAGAGAUUGGAUACCAGGGGGUGUAUGUGUUGAUAUCCAUGACAACGUCUUUAUCGCUGACCAGCAGAAAGGGGCAAUUACUAUUCUCAGUCCGAAAUUCAAAGUUAUUCUGAAGCACUCAACAAAAAGGGAUUACCUAGAAAGACCCAUGAACAUUGCAUACGACAGUUCUGGUCAUAUUCUGGUCGCGGGAAAAAAUGGCAUCGUGAACAUGUACUCCUGUAAAUAUCUGUAGACUUAUAGUUCAGGUUAUGGACUUGCGUUUAUCAUAUCAUUUAUCCAAAGUUGGUUGUUUUAAUAGGCAAAAUAUACCCUAGGAAGCAUUAUGGGAAAUAGGACAUUCUAAUUUGAAUACUCCUCUGUGAAAUUUUAGUGGUAGGGUCUAGGAUUGUACAUGUACGUUGCAUUAAUAUAUCAUUCACACCUGGAAAUGCUUCCUUUAAAGAUAUCAAA